GGCUGCAUCCUCAUCGAUUGACCCAGCAAGCCAGAUCGCCUGCAGAUCAGACCCCAGCCAGCGUCCCGCGAAAUGCCCCCCAAGAACGCAAAGGCCGCAGCCGCUUUGGAGAAGAAGGCCGCAGUCCAGGCCGAGAAGGACAAGAAGAAGGCCCAAGAGAAGGAGAAGGUUGAUGCCGCAGAGUGGUCCAAGGGCGCCAAGGACGGCAGCAAGAAGGACGAAGCAGAGCGCAAACGGCUGGAAGCCCUGGCCAAGAAAGCCGAGCGAGACGCUCUGCUGGAUGCCGAAGAGAAGCAGACAGGCGGUGGCAAAGUCAAGGGCGCCGACAAGAGAGCCGCUGCAAAGGAAGCAAAAAUCAACAACUUCCAGGCCGACAACAUGCUCGAUCUUGCAGAGUACAGCGCCAGCGGCAUCGACAAUGCCCUGGAUCUGCUGAGCCUGACGACCACCGAGGCCGGCACCAAUGCCAGCGGCUCGGAUCGCAUCGAGCGGCAUCCCGAGAAGAGAAUGAAGAGCGCCUGGGCUGUCUUUGAGGAACGAGAGAUGCCUCUGCUCAAGGCCGAGAACCCGACACUGCGUCUGUCGCAGUUGAAGCAGCAGCUCCAGAAGAAGUGGAAAAAGUCACCCGAUAACCCGAUGAACCAAGCCCACAUCUCCUUCGACGUCAAGGCCCAGGACGAGCGCGAGAUGAUUGCAGAGUCCAAGGACGAUCAGCUCGAGAGCUUCCGCAAAUAGAUGUGUUCCGGCAAUGUCUUUGCCACCCAUGGAUACUCGCUACCAUGGUGCGUCUCGUCAUGAUAUCGUCCAAUCGCUCUCCUGUCCCGUUCCCAUUGGUUGAAAUUGAAUGCAUCACUCUCGUCUGGAGCGGCAACAACCAUCGCCCUGUGCAUGCGACCGGCCCUUGAAACCCCCCCCCAAGAGCAGCAUCGGCUUGGCCGGCGUCGGAUGCGCGAGCCAGAUGCGCCAGAUUGUCACCGGGUCGUGUGAUUGCUCGAGGACAAGUAUUUACCGUUCAUAAAAGUCAAUAACCCUCAGC